AUGCAGCUGCAGAGAGACCCAGCGAAUUGGCCGUUGAUAUGCUGGUCGGCUGCAUGUCAAAUCAUUCCCGUCCGUGACAGCGGUGCGGCGAUGCAGCGAGCGGGGGCGAAGAAGUGGGCUCAGCGGUGGUGGGCACCGAUGAGGUCCCUACCACCCUGGCUCCCAGAGCGGAGCGAGUUUAUCGGGUUAGGAGGUUGGCGAUGGCAAUGGUGCCUGAUGCGCAGACCGAAGCAUGGCUCUCUGGUGGAGUGGUGA